UUGAGCGGUAGGAGGCUGACGAAACUGGCAGAUAGGCAAAAGCGGGAGCGAGCGCAGGCGGGAACGUCAGGGAAAAGUGGAACAAGGCGGAGAAAGUGUGUAGUUAGUGCGGAUACCUUGCUAGAAGUGUCGUAACUGAUGACGGUGUAGUGUCCACAGGGAAGUCGUGGCGAAAAGAUAAGACGAAAAGUUUAUGGAAUUAUACCCUCUCCACAAUUGCUUACUUUGACAAAACAAGGAUUAUUACAGCCUGAAGACAAGUUUUGCUUUCAGCGAGUAAAACGAGCCACUGGCCUUCUGAAAGAAGAAGCAACCUGUUCCGACUCGCUGAUCCACGGAACGAUAGAUUCAGGUGGUUGGAUAUUACUUGUACCUGGCGUUAGGAGGAAACACCAAACCAGUAGUACGGUGGGCCAUGCAGAGCCAGCCUGUGUCCCUGCAGGGGUGAGCUCCAGCACCAGCCAACGUUUUUCACCGUGAUGGCAGCAGAGCGGGAUGGGCGGGGGUGUGAGCUGCCCAUCGCCCCGGGCCAGGUGUACAUCGAGGUGGAGUAUGACUACAAUUACAAGUCCAAGGAGCGUCAGGUCUCCAUCCACCAGGGAGAGUGUUACAUGUUGGUGAAAAAGACCAACGGGGACUGGUGGCAGGUCAAGAAGGAGGAGGGGGCCAAGGCGUUCUAUGUCCCAGCGCAGUACGUCAGGGAGGUCCGCAAGGCCCUCAUGCCGCCUCCCAAGCCCCUGCACCUGGGGCAUCACCGUGGGGGGAGCGGGGGGAACCCUGUGCGGGUCAAACCCAUCGUCCUGGAGAUGGACAGAUCUAACGAGAGCCUGAAUGUGACCAGUUUCAGUCGGCCCUCUCCCUCCUCACCCUCUCCCUCCUCCUCAUCGGGGGCAGCCCUCACCCCUCCGAGGCAGCGCAGGGACAGGGAUGCCAACAAGAACCCUGGUAGAGACCCUGGCAGUCCCACCGACCAUGACAGGGCCUUGGUAGAUGUCCUCCAAAACACCCACCCUCACGCUCCUGGACGGGGAUGUAACACGCUGCCCCGUGCCCGUGCAACCUCCCCUGAGCUCCGCAGGGCGCCCCUAGACGUGGACAUGCCUCCGGGGCAAUGUGACUCGGAGGGGUCGGAGAGACGCAAUGACUCAGAGUCUGGAGAUGAGCUGAGCAGCGGUUCUAGUGAACACUUGCAGACUGUUUCUCUGCCGGGUCAGGGUGGUCGUCCUGAGUCUCCUGUCUACACUAACCUGCAGGAGCUGAAGAUCUCUGGGACCAGCCUGCCCCCCGACUCCUCCAACUUCCCACAGCAUGUCCUGGGGGACUGGGAGGCCCACAAGGACCAGAGCGGCAGACAGUUCUACUUCAACCGUUCCACCCAGGAGAGGACAUGGAAACCUCCCCGAGCCAGAGACGCCAGUAGUGGCAGCAGCCGGGGGGAAUCCCACAGCAAUAGCACUGGGGAGACGGAGACGACUCCGCCGCUCUCUCUCUCCCCGUCCUUCCUUCCUCUCCUCUCGCUGUCCAUUGGUCCGUUCCAGCCUCUGUUGUUGGAGGACAACUGCCACAGCACGUAUUCUAGCCAAUCAGACAGCCAGUACGGCUACCCGCCCCGGGGUUGGUCAGAAGAGCUGGAUGAGCAUGGACACACUCUGUAUGUCAGUGAUUAUACUAAUGAGAAGUGGAUAAAGCAUGUGGAUGAACAGGGCAGACCAUACUACUACAGUGCUGAUGGCUCCAGGUCAGAGUGGGAGCUGCCCAAGUACCAACACUCCCCCCCUCUACCUGGUGGAGGGGACCGGACCCCUAAGAGCCACAGUCUGGAUAGGAAACAUGUGGAGCCCAUCGUCCUGACCAAGUGGGGAAACAGCAGCAACGUGCUGGACGCCAACGACACGCGGCUCAUCAAAAACAUCAGGCGUUUCCGUACAGGCUCUGGUCGCCCCCACCCCUACAGACAGACACAAGACGGUGCGUUGGGCCCCAUGGUCCCUGGCUCUCCAGACUCAGCCUCCUCAGGCCCCUCGUCCCCCAAGCCCCCUACCUCCCCUUCGGAGAAGUGUGGUAUUCUCAACGUGACCAAGAUCACUGAGCAUGGAAAGAAAGUACGGAAGAACUGGACGUCCUCCUGGACGGUUCUCCAGGGCUCCUCGCUGAUAUUCGCUAAAGGCCAGGGGGGCGGGACCAGCUGGUUUGGAGGGAACCAGUCUAAACCAGAGUUCACUGUUGACCUGAGAGGAGGAUCUAUAGAAUGGGCUUCCAAGGACAAGUCCAGCAAGAAGCAUGUCAUUGAGGUGAAAACCCAUCAGAGUACAGAGCUGCUGAUCCAGUCAGAGAACGAUGGCGUCAUCAAUGACUGGUACAGGGCACUGAUGGACACCAUCAGCACACACGCCUGGGAGUCAGAUGAGGCCAUAGAGGAGGACAUGCCAGAGUCUCCUGGAGCGGAGAAACAAGACAAGGAGAAAGAGCACAGAGACUCUAAGAAGAGCCGAGCCAUGAAGAGUUCCACCAGUAUGGACGCGUCGGACAACAAGAAGACCAGAAUCAAGCUGAAGAAGUUUCUGACACGUAGACCCACUCUGCAGACAGUCAGAGACAAGGGCUACAUCAAAGACCAGGUGUUUGGCUGCAGUCUGAGUGACCUCUGUCAGAGAGAGAACACGGCCGUGCCAAGCUUCGUCACGAUGUGCAUCGACCACGUGGAAAACAACGCUCUGAAUGUGGAUGGGCUGUACAGAGUGAGUGGGAACCUGGCUGUCAUCCAGAAACUACGCUUCGCUGUCAAUCAUGAUGAGAAGGUGAACCUGGAGGAAGGGAAGUGGGAGGACAUCCAUGUGAUUACAGGAGCGUUGAAGAUGUUCUUCAGAGAGCUGCCUGAACCCCUCUUCACAUAUGGAUUAUUCCAUGACUUUGUCAACUCCAUCAAGAUCCCAGACAACAAGCAGCGUGUCCAGUCCAUCAGGGAGCGGGUCAAACAGUUGCCAAAACCCAAUCAGGACACUAUGCAGGUCCUCUUCAAACACCUCAGGAGGGUAAUUGACCACAGCGAGGAAAACCGUAUGACGACCCAGAGCGUGGCCAUAGUGUUCGGCCCCACCCUCCUCAGACCCGAGACAGAGACGUGGAACAUGGCGGUCCACAUGGUCUAUCAGAACCAGAUAGUAGAGCUCAUCCUGCUGGAGUACGAGGGCAUCUUUAGGUAGACACCAAAGGGGUGACCUUUCCCCUGGGUACAGAUCUAGGAUCAGUUUCCCUUCCCACCCAAUCAUAACCUUAACCAUUAGUGGAGGAAAUGCUAAACUGACCCAAGAUCAGUGUCUAGGUGCAACUUCACCCUACACUGGUAGAGACGGGAGGUGAUGUUCACUAGAAACGACACGGAAGCUAACGGGAUGAAACGGAGAGGGACUACGUGAACUUGUCCAAUAAGAAACACUUGUUUUACGUGGUCAAAUACUUCGUAACGUUGUGCUGUAAUGACUCCAACCCAGGCCUCCUCUCUGAACACCAUCACCACCAUGACAAUGCAGAGCUCUAAACACAACCCAGGAGAGACCGGUCCAACUCACCUCCCUCUAACCCGAAGUCAUUCACACCUCAGAAUCCAUCUCCCGCCAACCAAACCUGUAAAACAAGGACUUAUUAUACACAACCAAUAAACCCAAGUUGAGACUCUUAGCAGCCAACAUGGAAGAUGCUUUCCCCUCCUGCUCCUCUCUCCAUGGCUGCUUUGUGGGACAUUCUGCACAAGCCAACAUCCAAUCCUGACUGUCCAUUCACAGGAUUACUUUGACCAUCGUAAAUGAUCCCCCUCCUCUAAAGUACAGACUCUCUCUCCUCAGUGAAGCAGUCCGUUCUACACACUGGCUGUGUCUGACGUGGCUCACUACUCACUAUGAAGUGCACUACUUCUGGCCAAAGGUAGUGCACUAUGUAGGGAAUAGGGUGCCAUUUUGGGACGCAGGCCACCGACUCAUGGUGUUACUUCAGCCAUCGUACCAAAACUAUUCUGCUUCUCUGGUUUUCAGAAGAAAUCUUCUCCAAUCAGUCAGAUUUCAAACUUGAAAAUACAGAACUGGUCCUCUGGUGGUGAAUAAGACAACCAUUAAUAAUAUGUACAGCUGUAGUGUGUUGUGUCAAAUGGCUCCCUAUUCCCUUUGUAGUACACUACUUUUAACCAGAGCUCUGAUCAAAGGUAGUGCACUAUAAAGGGAAUGAACAGGGUAACAUUUUGGACGCACCUCUGUGUGUGUGUGUGUGUGUGUGUGUGUGUGUGUGGUGUGUGGACGGGGGAUUGACUGACUGGAAAUAUGUUGUACAGAUGUUUGAUAGUAAUUAUGUCUUGAUGGUGAGCGGUAGAAACUUGGGGAAACAAUCACUAACGUAUUAAGAUUCGUUCCAUAACGUAGACUGAUUGUGUAAAAGAAAAUCUAAAAUAAUAAUUUGGGGUUGAAAAAUUCCGUUAACUUUCCUAAAAUUCCCAGAUUUUCCCCAAAUCACUGUUGGGAGAAUUCCCUGGAUAUUCUGCAUAUUCACUCCUGAUCCAGGGAACAUUCCAACCAGGAUUUCUGGAAAACCUGGGGAAUUUGGGGGAAAUUAAUGUAAUUUAGCAACCCAAGAACUACUUACUAUAUGACCUGGGGUUGUGGAAGUUUACCUGAGUUGUGGGUAAAUGACACAUUCUGAAUGUAAUUAUUUUCCAAACUAACUGCUGUUCAUGACUUCUUUGUCUAAUUGGAAUAAAGGCCUCCAUUGAGACCCUGUAAAA